UCCCAAACAUCAUCUUUUUCAUCUUAAUUUCUUUUCCAAAUAAAAUUCUAACCCAAAACACAGAAAUUUAUAUCUGAUUCAAAUACCCAAAUCUUCAUCUAACCCAAAAUCCAAACUUUUCCCUGUGCAUCUGCAGCAACCUCAUCAGGAGCCGACCCCAAAAGGUCAAGGCCUUCCUCGCCGUCUUUCCGGCAUGGCCGCUCUCGUCCUUCUUCGCUUCAUCGUUUUCGUCGCUGUUGAGCCAAAUUUUCCCAAAUCAAUCUUUAUCAAAAUUUUCAUUGUUUUUCGCCGAUUUGGAACUCAAAUUGCAAUUUUUUGCGUGUUUUAUGUCAAUACUUUUUGGGAUUUUGUUUGGAAAAGAGAUUAAGGUGAAAAAAAUGAUGUUUGGGAGAUGAAUAAAUUUUUUUUUUUGUGGGGACUAAAUUGACUAAGGUGGCAUAAGAAGAUCUGAGUCAUUGAUCAUGUGGCAAGCCAACGUGGCAAAAAUGAUAACACAUGAAUUUUUCCGUCACAGAGCAUCAACUUGACCGACGGUAACACAUUCAGGGAUAAAAAACGACUCCAGUCCGUCACAAGUGAACACAAUCAAGGACCAAAAUGGCUAUUUACUCAUACAAAUUCCUUCCCUAUUCUACGCUACGUCGUUUUAAGUUUCACUCUCUCUCAUUCACUUCAUCAUCUUCUCUUGUCUUACAUUUCAAAUUUUCAAUUCCAUGUUUGCUUCGGUGACCAACACCGCCAUCACUGUCUUACGCCGCUGCACUCUCCGCCUUCCACUUCUCUCUCCUUCCUUCUCAUCUUCCACACUCAGGUCCUUUGCUUCACCUUCAAUGGACAACAACAACAACGCCAAUACAUCCUACUCUCGCGCCACACCCAGUGCUAGUAGUGGCAGAGGAAAGGCUUUUGAUAUGAGAAAUGAUAGAGAAAGAACAAGAGGGCGAGGUGGGGAAGGUGGCUCAGGAAAGGACAAAAUUGACGCCCUUGGUAGGCUCCUUACUCGAAUUUUACGUCAUAUGGCAUCCGAAUUGAAUUUGAAUUUGCGGAGUGAUGGCUACGUGAACGUUAAUGAUCUACUUAAGCUGAAUCUUAAGACACUUGCCAAUAUUCCCCUGAGAUCCCACACUAUUGAUGAUAUUAGGGAGGCUGUCCGGAAGGAUAAUAAGCAGCGCUUCAGUCUGAUAGAAGAGAAUGGAGAACUACUAAUUCGUGCAAACCAAGGCCACACAAUUACGGCUGUUGAAACUGAAAGCUUAUUGAAACCAAUACUUUCAGCAGAAGAAAUUUCAGUUUGUGUGCAUGGAACCUACAGAAGGAACUUGGAAUCAAUUCUAGGCUCUGGUCUGAAGCGCAUGAAGAGAUUACAUGUUCAUUUCUCUUGCGGUUUACCAACAGAUGGAGAAGUAAUAAGUGGAAUGAGGCGCGAUGUUAAUGUUCUGAUCUUUUUAGAUGUUAGAAAAGCAUUAGAGGAAGGUUUGAAGCUUUACAUUUCUGACAACAAGGUGAUCUUGACAGAAGGUUUUGAUGGUGUUGUUCCACCCAAGUAUUUCGAAAAGAUUGAAUCAUGGCCUGGUAGACAGCCCAUUCCUUUUUAGAAGUUCUGGCAUAAUUCUAGUGACUUAUGUAAGUAUCACAGUAAGUGGAGGAACUCCUACUUUGUUAUGAAGACAAUUGCUUAGCAAAAAGGAAGAUAUGUUAAAGGAGACAACCUUGCUCACUUGUGAUCUUUUAAGAAAGGAGAAAUUGUUGUUUACAUAUUCAUUUAAGUAAUGCUUUCAAGAGUCAGAAAAGAUGUGCAUGUUUGCAUACACCGUAGAUUUUCAUGUUGGAAUGGGAAUUGAUUAUGGGUAGAAAUGAUUGUGGAAAAUCUGAGCGUGAAUCCGAACAUGUCAAUUAAGAGACCUUACAUUAUACUUUAGAGAGAUAGAACAGAGAAUAUCCUUUUUUCCUUGAUCAACAUUUUGCUUACUCUUUCUGUCUUUCA